GUUCAGUUAAUUAAUGUUCACCUUGUCACCAUUGACGGAAGAUUUUGUGAUAAUCAUUGUCGUUAACGUUAGCCAACCUGUGACAUAGCUAACGUUAACUUUGAUUGUCUGUCAAACGUUUAACUUACUGUCUGCGGUUCCGUUCCGUUUUGUAUGGAUGUAGAAGAUAUUAAAGGAGGCUCCGGUCUCCGUCAAUACUACCUGUCCAAAAUAGAGGAGCUACAGCUGACCGUGAAUGAGAAAAGUCAGAAUCUUAGACGUCUCCAAGCACAGAGGAAUGAGCUCAACGCUAAAGUGCGGCUCCUGAGAGAGGAGCUGCAGCUGCUGCAAGAGCAGGGCUCCUAUGUGGGGGAGGUGGUCAGGGCCAUGGAUAAGAAGAAGGUGCUGGUCAAGGUUCACCCAGAGGGAAAGUUUGUGGUGGAUGUGGACAAGAACAUAGAUAUCAAUGAUGUGACUCCCAACUGCCGCGUGGCCCUGAGGAACGACAGCUAUACCCUCCACAAGAUCCUGCCCAAUAAGGUGGACCCGCUGGUGUCCCUGAUGAUGGUGGAGAAGGUUCCGGACUCCACCUAUGAGAUGAUUGGCGGCCUGGACAAGCAGAUCAAGGAGAUUAAGGAGGUCAUUGAACUGCCAGUGAAGCACCCCGAGCUCUUUGAGGCACUGGGCAUUGCACAACCAAAGGGUGUGCUGCUGUAUGGCCCCCCUGGUACGGGCAAGACACUGCUGGCCAGAGCUGUGGCUCACCACACGGACUGCACCUUCAUCAGGGUGUCCGGCUCCGAGCUUGUGCAGAAGUUCAUCGGAGAGGGGGCGCGUAUGGUGCGUGAGCUUUUCGUGAUGGCCAGAGAGCAUGCUCCAUCCAUCAUCUUCAUGGACGAGAUCGACUCGAUCGGCUCGUCGCGUCUGGAGGGUGGAUCCGGAGGCGACAGUGAGGUGCAGAGGACCAUGUUGGAGCUCCUCAACCAGCUGGACGGCUUUGAGGCCACCAAGAACAUCAAGGUGAUCAUGGCAACCAACCGUAUAGACAUCCUGGACUCCGCACUGCUCCGGCCUGGACGUAUCGACAGGAAGAUCGAGUUCCCCCCUCCCAACGAAGAGGCUCGUUUGGACAUCCUGAAGAUCCACUCGCGGAAGAUGAACCUGACCCGCGGCAUCAACCUGCGCAAGAUCGCUGAGCUCAUGCCCGGUGCCUCAGGGGCAGAGGUCAAGGGUGUGUGCACAGAGGCUGGCAUGUACGCGCUGAGGGAGAGAAGGGUCCACGUCACCCAGGAGGACUUCGAGAUGGCCGUGGCCAAGGUCAUGCAGAAGGACAGUGAGAAGAACAUGUCUAUUAAGAAGCUCUGGAAGUAAAUGCCAGUACAUACUCCAGGGCCAUACUCCACCCAGCUUGCAGUGUCCCAUCACAUGUAUAUUUUUAUUUUCUUUUUGUCGUCUUAGGUUUGGUUUAUAAUUGUUACCUAAAUUCUAAAUAAAAUUAAACACUUGUUGAGUAAA